CGUCGUCGUCAUCUCUUUCGUUUCCUUGCCGCACCACACAGACGACUGGCUGUCUCUGACGUCACUUGCCACCGCACCCACGCCAAAAACAGGGGCAGACAAGCAGGCAGGGGAGUUGGGGCUGGUCAGCUGCGGCACUUGCGAUAAGCCCGACCGACCGACCGUGUGCAGCUGCAGCUGCAGGGAAGGCGAAGCCCGAUAAAAGACUCGAGAUCUGUGGCGAGAGAGAGAGAGAGAGAGAGAGAGGAACGAAGACGACGAUGCACACGACGAUGCAGACAACGACGACGGGAAACAAUGGCAGGCCAGGGCUAGUGGCUGUGGCAGUACCAGUGACGCCUGGAACACCAGACUCGGCGCACAUCAUAAUCGGUGCCGCCGGCUUUGUAGCCCACGAGAGAAGACAGCCCCGAGAGAAGACUCUGAUGAACUGCUUUCGCGACCGUUCCACGUCUUCAACAGGCGGUGGACCACCAGCCUACUAUAUGCGCGGACACAGCACCACAUCGACGACACUGCUGCGCCUCGAGAGCAAUGCAGGUGCAGGAGGAGUAGGAGGAGGCUCGGGCAACGCCCUAGAUCAGGCGGGCGUCGAGGCCGGACGACCGGAGGCCGUUCGUUGGGUGCGUGAGCUUAAGUCCAGGCCCAACAAGCUGGCCCUGCUCAAGAGCAGCAGCACCAGGGACUUGACGCGCCUGCUCCUGGAGGAUGGCAAUGGCAGCGGCGGCACAUCGGCGGUGCUGGUGUCCAACACCAGCCUGGACGUGUGCUCCUCCAACUCCAGUUCGGCCAGCAGUCCCCUGGCCGGCGGCAGGGCCAAGGCGAGGGCCAGGGACAGGGAUAGGGAGCAGCGUAGCUUGAGCAAGGAGUGCUGCGGCAGCUGCUCCAAGCGCUGGCACGAGCUCAAGCAGCGCAUGCACACCCUGGAGCAGGACCUGCUGGCCCAGGUCAGCUACAGCCAGGAGCUGGAGGCCAAGCAGGUUGAGAUGACCCGCCAGCUCAGCGAACUAAUGCAGGAGAAGGACAAGGACAGAGACAGGGACAGAGAGAAGCAGCGUGGGCCAAGCGGUGGGGCGGGUAAGAGCAAUGUGAGACCCUCGCGUCUCGUGGCGUGGAUGAACCUGUCCAACUGGUGGAAGAGCAGGCCCAGCGUGGAGACGCUGCGCGAGCAGCGCAUCUUCUUCGACGAGCCCUGCUUCGACACGGAACUGGAGAUGGUGCUGAAGCACGACCAGCAGCGCACUGUGCCGCGCAUUGUGGUCGAUUGCUGCGACCUCAUCGAGCACAAAUACCGCCGCUCCACGCAGCCCAUCGAGGGCAUCUAUCGGCAGUGCGGCGACUACAACAAGAUCCAGACGCUGCGCUUUAGCAUCGAUGCGAAUGACUAUGAGGCCCUGCGGCAGACGGAUGUCGACAUACACACCCUCACGGGUGUGCUGAAGCUCUUUCUGCGCGAGAUCAAGAGUCCGCUGGUCAGUGUGAACGAGGCCAAGACGUUCAUUGGCACACCCCAUCAAUGGUUGCUCACCGAACUGGCCGUCAAGCUGGACACAUUGAAAAGACUGAUACGCUCGCUGCCGGAGAGCAAUCGCGAUACCAUGGACUACAUUUUCGGCCACUUCAAUCGGCUGACCAAGGUGCCGCUGCAGCAGAUCAGCGCCGAGACGCUGUCCAUUUCGGUGACACCGUCCAUAUUCCACACGGUGCCGCAGGGCGUGCACAUGCAGGACAUACAGCAGCUGCUGCGCGAGGGCGAAACGCUGGCCGAUUGCGUCAAACUGAUGAUCGAGUAUCAUUCGCGCAUAUUCGAAUGCACCGCCGAUCGACGCCUGCAUCGCCUGAGCAUGCGAAACUUGAAGAAGACGCUAUCCCAACCGGAUUUACUAUUCCAAAAUAUAUUCUGAUGACCGAUCGAUCGAGCAAAGCCACGCAAAAUCAACAGAGAGAGCGAACCACUGUAUAUAGCGAACGACAUUAGUUCUAGUAGUACCUACAUAUACAUAUACAUAUACAUAUAACCACACCGUAUACAGGCAUGCAACAGGCACGAAAUUACUUUGGAUAUUUGAUAAUACAUUUUUUUGGUGUUAAUAAAUUAGAUUUACAAACCUUGA